AUGUCUACUCCAGUUCAAUCCUCAUUGGCCGGCCUCAAGGCAUCCACUGCUCAGCUUGUGGGCAUCAUUGCCGGCGCUCGGCACAUCCCGGCCGGCACAGUGGACGUCUACCUUGCUCUGACAAAACAGGUCACCACUCUGUUGGGUGACAUCAUCCAGGCGCAUGAGAAAGGGGAUUACAUCCCUGGCAUUGUGGCUUCCUGUUCUAAGGAGCUGAUGAGGGUGCGUUCCAUGACUCCCCAGGUGUUGCCCGACUGGCACAGCGUUGGCCAUGAUGACCCCCGGGUGUUGAGACACGCCUGGCGCAAGCAGGUUCGCACCUGGGAGGCGUUGGGUGACAAUUCCUGUGAUCUCCCUGUUGUUCCCAAUCCUUCCACUGGCCCACUGACUGUCAAUCUUCCGUCUCCACCUGUCCCUUCCCCCACACCUGUCCUUCCCUCCCCUCCCGUCAUUGCCGGCAAUGUUGCCAGUUCAUCCGGCAAGACAACCUCCGAGUUCCGGGACAAAGGAAAAGGUAAGGCAGUUGCUGUUGACCUUGAGCCGGAAGUUGGGGGGAGCAGCAAGAGGAAGUCUCCCAUGAUUUCUGGACACUCCUCCCAAACUCCGAAGUCGGCGAUGAAGGGUCGCAAGCGCGUCAAGUCAACUCGACUCGCCAAGUCGAAGCCGUUUGUGGAGUCGGAAGAUGAUGAAGACACAAUUGUUCAGCCAAUUUCGCGUGGAGUGCCAGAGGUCAUCCUUCCCCAGCUCUCCACCAUUGUUGUAAGGACGCCCCAGUUGCCUCGGUCACCUGGUUCCCCCAAGAAGCAAUCAUUUGGGCCUGCUUUGCUGACUGCCAGCAGUCGUCUGGAGGUCAUGAAGUCUCCCAUCAGUCGUCCGGAGGCUCCUGCAACCUCCAGCAGUCAUCCGGAAGUCGUCGAGUCCUCUGAUGGUACUUCCAGCACUUCGGAUGGUGAACCUCCAGCCAAUCCCACAUUUGAUAUCACCAUUCCCAGCCCAACCAACCCCUGCCAUUAUUGCGUAAAGGAGGAUUGGCCCUGCGCAACUCGUUUGGACAAGAGGUCCGGCCACCCCUGCUUGUCUUGCAUCCGCUGCUCCACCAAGAAGAUCAAAUGCAACCCUGCAUCUCUGGGAUCCUUGCCCAAACGCACCCGAGGGAAGUCUACCACCGGUCGGACGUGUUCCAAGACACCUGCCCCUGCUCCAUCCAAUGCUCCAUCUCCCUUGCAGUCAAGGGCCCGAACUUGUAGUCAAUCUCGUGGCCCGUCCUGCACUCCGGCCAUCCCUGCUGUGACUACACCCCAGGUGCAGUCACGUGGUCGCAGCAAGACCAUCACUGCCAAGAAGACACCUGCACCUGCACCUGCACCUGCGCCAGCUUCUGUUCCGUCUUCAAGCUUUGCAGUGCCUCGUGCAGCACUCGAUGUUCCCAUGCCGGAUCUCCAUUCCAUGGCAAUCACGAUUCGGGAUGGUGCAGCUCGCAUCGCCAUGCUGGAGGCUCAUGUGUGGGAGCAGGAUGAUAAGAUUGAUACCCUGCAACACCUCCAUGAGAGCCUCCGGUGCAAUGUGGUCGACCAGCACCCUUCAUUUCCACUUCCGGACACACCUGCCAAUGCAACAAUCUUGCUUGAUCAAUCCAGUCCCCCCCAUCCAUUCAUGGAACCCACACCCUUGACGGUUGAGGAUGGAUCUGCUAUGGUAGGUCUCAUGGUUGAGCCCACCCAAGUUCAGCCUGAGGGUCCACAAUCCUCUGGCGAAAUUGUGGUCCAGGAUGAACCAGGCAACCUCUUGCCAGAAUAUAAUUCUUCUGAUGAGGAGAUGGAUGUUGAGGUGAAGGUUGAGCGUCCUCGUGAGGAGGUUGAAAUGGCUACAUAA